UUCUUCCCUACGCCUACGCCGGUACCGAGCCGCCCACCCCCUCGCUACGGCCGCAUCCUUGCCGCCUUCCCUCCCCAAACGUGAGUAAGGGGAGGAGGGACGAUGAAUAUGCAGAGGAGCGCUCGCCCCGCCGCGGUUCCGGGAGGGGGAGGGGGAGAAUGUGUGUGCGCGGUGAGUGUGCCUCUGUGUGUGUGUGUGUGUGUGUGUAUACAGCGCUGGGAGGGGUACGCAUGCGCCGUGCGUGGCGGGGCUGAAUGUUUCCCAAGUGUUUGAAACUGGUAUUUGGGUUUUCCACGUUGGAUCAAGUGCGGCGUAUAGGAGCGAGGAGGCUGCAUUAAUAUCACCGGGGAGCAGCGGCGGCGGUGAGGAGAGCGGGGAAGGGGGGAGCGGAGGAGAAGCGGAGCAGAGCGGCGCUGGCGCAUGCAGAGGGGCUGCCGCUGCUUCUGACAGACACUUUGCAGAGCACAUUUUGUUUCCAGAUUGUUUCGGAGGAGCUGGUUUAAGCCCCCCUCCUUUCUCCUCCUCCCCCCCCCACCCCCCCACAAAUCCCUCUGAUUGUUCCUACCACCUCCUUCGUGAAUUACCCACAACGACAGCCAUUCAAUCAGCUGCUGCUGGCUGUAGGGGACUAGCGGAGGGUGUGUGUGUGUCUCUCCGUUUCACACAAGAGGAGUCAGAUGUAGCUUCUCUCGGUUUUUUUUUGGGGGGAGCUACAGAGAGAGGUGGGCAGGGAGUGAGCCGUUCAUCGGGGUUACCGUCUUUGGAGGGAGCAGCACUUGCUCUCACACAGACAGGGAGAGAGAGGUGUGGGGAAGGAUAUUUUUUUUUUUCUUUGCCGGAUGAAAAUGUUGAGUCCUGCAAACGGAGACCAGCUUCACCUAGUGAACUAUGUGGAGGAUUAUCUGGACUCCAUCGAGUCUAUGCCCUUCGAUCUGCAGAGAAAUGUCUCCUUGAUGAGGGAAAUUGACGCCAAAUAUCAAGAGAUUCUGAAGGACCUGGAUGAUUACUAUGAAAAAUUUAAACGAGAGACAGAUGCAGUGCAGAAGAGAAGAAUGUUGCACUGCAUACAGAGAGCCUUGAUUCGGAGUCAGGAACUGGGGGAUGAGAAGAUCCAAAUCGUCAGUCAGAUGGUAGAGCUGGUUGAGAACAGAACCAGGCAAGUGGACAGCCACGUGGAACUGUUUGAGACUUGUCAAGAGACUAAUGACACCACUGGAAACAGUGGGAAAGCCAGCCAGGACAAGUCAAAGAAUGAGACAAUCACGCAGGCCGAAAAGCCCAACAAUAAGAGAUCGAGGCGGCAAAGAAAUAAUGAGAAUCGAGAGAACGCUUCAAAUAAUCAUGAUCAUGACGACAUCACCUCAGGAACUCCAAAGGAGAAGAAAGCAAAAACGUCCAAGAAGAAGAAACGCUCCAAGGCUAAAGCAGAGCGGGAAGCUUCUCCCCCAGACCUUCCCAUUGACCCUAAUGAGCCAACAUACUGCUUGUGCAACCAGGUCUCCUAUGGAGAAAUGAUAGGCUGCGAUAACGAUGAGUGCCCCAUUGAGUGGUUUCACUUUUCCUGCGUGGGACUCAAUCAUAAACCAAAGGGCAAAUGGUACUGCCCCAAAUGUAGAGGAGAAAACGAGAAAACUAUGGACAAGGCAUUGGAGAAGUCUAAAAAAGAAAGGGCCUACAACAGGUAGUUUGUAGACUUUUCGUAGCGAAGAAAAUAAAACCACCAAACCAGUGUAUUUAUUGUCAGCGUCACCUUUGUUGAGGUGAAAGGAUUGUAAAAUGUAUAUUUUUAAAGGAGGUUUAAAACUGAACCAUUCCUGUUAUAGGGACGGCAAUAAGUGAUUUUGUUUUUCAUUUGGUAAACUGUAACAAGAAUGUGGUCUGUGGACCAAUGUAUUCCAAAAACAAAGUUAUAAAGAGUUUAAACUGAAUUAUCUUAAAAGAUAAAAUAAUACUUUUUUUUUUCAGUGCUGGUAGCACUCUACCCAUUAAAAUUUUGAUGACAACUAUCUCUGAAAUGUAAUUUCGUUUUCUUUAAUGAAAAAUGUUAUUUACCUUUUGAGCAAAAAUUGUUAAAUAGUUUAGCUAUCUGGUUGUAUCUGAAUAAAGCUGCAAUACAUUACAACUGUAACUUCUUUCAGUGAUAAGCAGUGCAAGAACAAAAAAAAGGAGGGUAAAAUUUGGUUCCUGCUACAAAGUGUCAGUAUAACAGUUAAUAGCAAAUGUUUAAAUAGGCUUAGAGGAUUAUUUUUUAAAAAAAAAAGAAAAAAGUUAAUCAUUAAAUUUUACACAGCAAAUAUUUUAUAUGCUGGCCAAGUACCACAAGGGCCAUUUUAAAAUGAUUGAAUAUGUUUUAUAUUUAACCAGGAAGUGGUUUAGUAAUGAGACUUAACAUAAAUGAAGCUUUAUACUGUCACAGAUAGUAGCGUAGCAAUCCUUAAUUUGUUUAAGUUGUAUAAAUGUACAUUUUUAAGUGGAGUUGCACUUACUGUAUUAUACUUGGAAAUGCAGCCAAAUGCCAUUGUGUAACCAAUGCGCAUUUCCUGCUGUAUGUAUGAAAAUUGUACAGCUGUGAUAUUAAGAAAUAAAUGAAACGACUUUGACAGUU